AGCCCUGCCCGCCUCUGCCUGCCCGUCCAAGUUACCUGCUUCCUCCCGUCUUCCUUCUUCCUUCCGCCGAGCCAGCGAAAAGAAGGUCAAUGAAUGGGUUCCUGACAUUCAGCCUUUCCACGGGUGCUUUUUUCUUUUUCCUCGUCCCUAUUUUGUGGGGAAGACAUGGGCUAUGCCUCAGCCGAUGGAUCAUACUGUACGGUACUCGAGUCGAAUCUGGAACACCUCUCUGUGCGACAGGGAUUAUGUAACUCAUGGUCCGAACGGGCGCGUGCACCUCAAAGGUUGUUGUUUUCCCUGUUUUUCCUUUUUUUUUUUUUUUUUUGGCUUCACAUCUAAACAGAGAAGGGGAAGCAAAGGUGGCAUCCGGUUCCGGAAGGAUUAUAAAUGCCAAGAUGGAUGAGGAGGUAUUAUGUCAUUCUCCACUUUUUUUUUUUUUUUGAUACAGGUACUUUUCCUUGGGUUCUCCAUUGGAGGUGAAUGGAAAUGGAGAACCGGAGCGAAAUCUAAUGGAUAGAAGGGGGGUGAAAUUGUUGGAAAGGGGAGGAAAAAAAAAAGAGAACCAUCCGGUCGGGCCAUGGCAGGAGGAGAAGAGAGGGGAGAGGCAGACAAGAUGCGGGCAAGGGGCACCACUCCUCUUGCCGGUACGGUACUUGAGCUGUACAACCAUUUGAGAAAGAUCACCCAUUGGCCCCUUUCUCCCGCAAUACCGCAACAACGCCUAAACUCCACUCGACAACCUCGCAUCAGACCCCAUCGUGGCGAGAACAAGACCGUAACUUACCGCACAGCAGCUGCUCCUACCCACCUGUGCCUGUUCGGGUACGGGGAUUGCCAAUGUCUGGACGAGACGAGUCAGAAAGCGAGAACCGAGCCCCCUGCUUACCCCGGACGGCGUCUCUCACUCUCGCGUAGGCCCGCCGUUAGGGGCAACGGUUUAGUCAAGCUCAACAAAAAUGCGUGCCAUCAUUACCGGUCUUUGAUCUUGCUCUAAGCUCGACCUUUUUUUUUUUUUGGUCUUGUCUCGUCUCGUCUUCCGCACCCGGUUACUAUGGAUGGUUUGGGGUGGUGGUGGUGGUGGGUACUGUAGCAUGCUAAUUACGUUUUUGCAGGAACGCAUCGUGACAUGGAGUAAGGAUUCGUCGUCUCCCUUCGGUCAUAAGUCCAGUGCACUUUGCCAGGGGGAAAACUAGCCUGGAGGAAGGGGAGGGACCUGUGGCUGGUGGUAGCUAGCUAUAAAACCUCAGAGCGUCCCAUCGGUGCACUACUCUAGCACUGACUGAGUUCGACUAUAUGCCCACUCACCUACUUGUUCAUACCUCUUCAUACUACGCCUCUUCCGUACCGUAAGAUUUGUUUGAUAUCGACGCGUAAUGCCGUCAAUCGAGGACCUCCCCUUUGAGAUACUCUCAGAGAUUCUCUCCAUCGCCGCCCGGUUAAACUCCACCGACAUCCCCAGCUACACUUAUGGACUUACGCAGGCGCAGAGGACGUUGCAGAGGACGCAGACACAGAUAUACCUCCGUGGACGGACAACGCCGGACCUGCUACGCUGGCACUUGGUCAACAACUUCCGUCUUGUGAAUUCGAGAUGGCACGAGUGGGCCUUGGGAUAUGCCAUGAAGGAGAUGUACGUCCGGAAGUGGAGCGGUGGUGAGCGGUAUGAUGCCCGAUCUUGACCCGCUGUCAACUGCAUAUAGCUUACGAAUUGUCAUGGUAGCUGGCUAUACAAGAGUACCGAGGAGCAAACCCGAAGUUCCGCCGCCGCCGGUGUAUUCCCGGUGGUCUACCAAAACCCGUACGCUUCCGUGCAGUCCACCGUAUCGCUCCUCCGCGAUUACCCGCAUAUCGCACAGCAUGUCCGCAGGGUUUGGUUCAGCGGGAUCCACCAGUUCGACACGAGCAGAUACAUCUUCGACACACUCGGAAAUUGCACCAACCUGCGCACAGCCGCCAUACCAUGGACCUCAUUACGUUACGGGACGGAGGAGGACUGGAAGAACUUGAUGUCGUUUCCCCGAUUGACGAGUAUCGAGCUCUUGGCGGUGGAUCUGAAGGACUCGCUUGCUUCUGCUGAACUCAACCACACGAAUAAUAACGUCCUUCCAACGCUGGACUUUUCACGGAUCGCGAGGUUAAAGAUAUUUGGGGACUCAAACCUCUUGCCCAUUACCGAUGACGACCUAAUCACUAUUUCCCGUACCGCGACGUCCCUGCAGGAAAUCCACAUCACCAGUUCCACCUCGAUCACUAUCAAGGGCCUUGCAGCAUUGGUCUCGGCAUCGCGCGCAUCCCUAAAGCUCUUGGAAUAUAAGCCCCUCUCCGACUCGGGCUUCACUUACCCUUCCUCCGUCGAGUCCGACCCGCAGAUCCACUUUUGCGCGCUUUUGUCUUCGUGUCCCAAACUCGAAGACGUAGCCAUCACUCUCCCGACCGCGUGUCCGGAGCUGUUCUCGCAUCACUCUGUCGCCUGGCACGAGACUGUUCGCCUCCGCAUUGCCGCAAGCGGUGUAUGUCGUUUCCCAACGGUCGACGGGAACAUCACAGAGUUCAAUCGGCUUCUAGAAAGCGCACGGGAGCUUCUCGCCGUGAAGAAGGACCUCGGCGUCGAGAUCUCCGUGGGCAAGUUUCUAUUCGACACAAAGACACGCUUAGUUCAUGGGAAUUAUAAGAGUGCCAAGGUGGCUAGCGAGAUGGGGUGGGGACCCAGGGAGCACGUCUCGCUCAAGGGACCGUACGGCGCUACGGGGUUGUACGGGGAUGACGACGUCAAGGGCGAAUGGAGCGCUAUUUCCGAAGACGAAUUUUGGGAUGGGAUGAGGUGGGGGUUUCUCAAGUUUGAUGGUUGAUUUAGUUGGCAGCGUCUGCUUAGUCCGAGCUUAGCUGUCUGAGUAGUGGGAAGAGUGUUUACUAAAAUUGGUGUUGGAAACGGAACUGGAAAAGCGGGUGUUCCUUUUGUUUUUUGUUUCAUUUUGCUAUUGCUAUGGGUUGUCAGUUCGCGCUACGAUGUUUGAUCGACGUCGUGGCCCCGUGUCUGUACAAUUAUCUAGCGCGCUAGGAGUUUUCUUUCCUUCACAAUCACCUCAUGGAGUGAGGGGGGGAGUCUUGAGGAAUUGAAUUUCUCUUUUAUACCAGUACCGGUAUUCUCUUUCUUGGAUGUAUAGUACGUACCAGCAUAGUAAAAUAGGAAAGUGCAGCGAUUAGGUUGGUUUAACCAUAUCUGCCGUGCUCCUUUCUCCUUU